CUUCCACCCAUCCAUUUACCUGCACUACGAGGUAUGUUCGUUCAUAAUCUGUCCAGAGUGCCUUUCAGAUGGCCUGGGAAAGCAAUCGCACUCUCUGCGAGGGUGAUACGCUUUCCCUCUGCACCUAGAGCUGAAGAACCCUCGCUGCGGGCUGAGGGCACUCUUUCUGGCUCUGGCUUCUGAAGGCUAAUACGUUCACCCCACAGAUACCUCAGUCGCACUCUGCCAUUGAGAAUCUCCCGCCGCCAAAAUGGUCAAGACCUCCGUCCUCAACGAUGCGCUCAAUGCCAUCAACAACGCCGAGAAGUCUGGCAAGCGCCAGGUCCUCAUCCGUCCAAGCUCCAAGGUCAUCAUCAAAUUCCUCACUGUGAUGCAGCGCCAUGGCUACAUUGGCGAGUUUGAGGAGGUUGACGACCACCGCAAUGGCAAGAUUGUUAUCCAGCUCAACGGACGCAUCAACAAAACCGGUGUCAUCAGCCCCCGCUACAACGUCCAGCUCCGCGAUCUCGAGAAGUGGGUCGUCAAGCUUCUGCCCUCGCGUCAGUUUGGCUACAUCGUCCUCACCACCUCUGCCGGCAUCCUCGACCACGAAGAGGCAAGGAGGAAACACGUUGCUGGAAAAGUUAUUGGCUUCUUCUAUUAGGAUAUCACAAUGUACAGUGGUGAAUACCCAAGGCGUAGUCAUGCUUAGCCUGCACGAUGAGGCUAGAUUAGAAUUCAAAAUCUGAUGACAACUGAUG